CAGCAGUGCCGAAUCCUUAGACCGGCUGUACCCCGCGGUGGGCUCCACCAAACCACCCCGAAAGCGGACCACUAGCCAGUGCAAGUCGGAGCCACCCCUGCUGCGGACCAGCAAGAGGACCAUCUACACAGCUGGCCGGCCACCGUGGUACAAUGAGCACGGGACACAGUCCAAAGAGGCCUUCGUGAUAGGCCUGGGAGGAGGCAGUGCCUCUGGGAAGACCACGGUGGCCACCAUGAUCAUUGAGGCUCUUGAUGUCCCUUGGGUGGUUCUGCUGUCCAUGGACUCCUUCUACAAGGUGUUGACCAAGCAGCAGCAGGAGCAGGCAGCCAGCAAUGACUUCAACUUUGACCACCCCGAUGCCUUUGACUUUGACCUCAUCAUCGCCACCCUGAAGAAGCUGAAGCAAGGCAAGAGCGUGAAGAUCCCCAUCUACGACUUCACCACCCACAGCCGGAAGAAGGAAUGGAAAACCCUAUAUGGCGCCAACGUGAUUAUCUUUGAAGGCAUCAUGGCGUUCGCGGACAAGGAGCUCCUGAAGCUCCUUGAUCUGAAGAUAUUCGUGGACACAGACUCGGACAUCCGCUUGGUGCGUCGCUUGCGCAGGGACAUCAGCGAGCGUGGCCGUGACAUUGAGGGUGUCAUCAAGCAGUACAAUAAGUUUGUCAAGCCCGCCUUCGACCAGUACAUCCAGCCCACCAUGCGGCUGGCCGACAUCGUCGUGCCCCGAGGGAGUGGAAACACAGUGGCCAUCGACCUGAUCGUUCAGCAUGUCCACAGCCAGCUGGAAGAGCGUGAACUCAGUGUCAGGGCCGCCUUGGCCUCUGCCCACCAGUGCCACCCCCUUCCUCAGACCCUCAGUGUGCUGAAGAGCACCCCUCAGGUGAGGGGCAUGCACACCAUCAUCAGAAACAAGGAGACGAGCAGAGAUGAGUUCAUUUUCUACUCCAAGAGGCUGAUGCGGUUGCUGAUUGAGCACGCGCUCUCCUUGCUCCCGUUCCAGAGUUGCACAGUCCAGACCCCGCAGGGACAGGACUACGAAGGGAGGACAUACAGCGGAAAGCAAAUCACCGGGGUGUCUAUCCUGCGGGCGGGCGAGACCAUGGAGCCGGCGCUGCGAGCGGUAUGCAAGGACGUCCGCAUCGGGACCAUCCUCAUCCAGACCAACUGCAACACGGGCGAGCCGGAGCUCCACUACCUGCGGCUGCCGAAGGACAUCAGCGAAGACCACGUCAUCCUGAUGGACUGCACGGUCUCCACGGGCGCAGCAGCCAUGAUGGCAGUGCGGGUGCUGCUGGAUCAUGAUGUCCCAGAAGACAAGAUCUUCCUCCUCUCCCUGCUUAUGGCGGAGAUGGGUGUCCACUCAGUCGCCUAUGCUUUCCCCCGGGUGAAGAUCAUCACCACAGCUGUGGACAAGAAGGUGAAUGACCUUUUCCGGAUAAUCCCCGGCAUCGGGAACUUCGGUGAUCGGUACUUUGGGACGGACGCUCCUCCCGACUGGAGCGACGAUGAAGAUGCUCUUAGCACUUAGCUGGAUGUGGAGGUGCCACUGGCGCCAGGCAGCUUCAGCACCGCACCUUAACCCCUUCUGUCCAUCGCAGAGAUUUCUCCUUCCUCCUCACCAAGCAUAGAUAUUUUUUUCAAAUCGUACAUUGGAGAUCUAGGGCAUAUUUUUUCAAAGAAACAUAAAUCCUAGUUUGACUUUGUGGACAGUCACGUGUCCCAGCAUAGAGUGGAGUUAAUUUAUUUUAAUUUAAAUAUUUGCCUAUAUAACUUAUUGGAGAUAUUUUAUAAAGAAAAAUAAUAAAUUUUUUUCUCUGGUUUUCUUGAA